UUGUUCUACCGUUUUGUCGAUGGUCAAUCUGUCUAUGCCCAUUGUGAGGACAUUCAUUGUUUAUUGACCGAUUUAUCGCAGUAUACAUUCUUAUCGAUAUAGAUGUACGAUAGCCCAGUAUUCAGCUUGAAGUGUUCUGAUGAGGUUCAAAUUAUUAAGCAGGUCAAUUUUAAAGAAGAAUUGUCAAGAUGGACGUAACAUGAGCACCGAGUCUCAGGCGGAGCGUAUGGAGACGGCCGCCACUGAGUUCCAGCGUCGAUUCCACAUUUCAGCUGAUGGCGAUAAUAAUUCCAGUCCGUCCGCUUCACAGAGACAGGAGGAUGUAAGCCAUAGAAGCGGCGAGACUAACUCCACAGACCCAACGCCCUAUUCUACACCGAUACGCUCCCCGGAACAUGACUCUGGAACCGAAAUUGUGGAGUCCGCAACUAGUUUAAGUGAAAACGACUGUGAUAAUAAUUUAAGAUGUAACGAAACUACAGAGGAGGACGAUGUGGUAUGCGCGAACGAGACCGCGCGAUCGAGAGACGUCCGAGCUGAUGACGUCGCUCAAGACGACUGUGAUAACCAAGCAAGUACUAGUCAAACAGAGAUAGAAGAUGAUGACAUAAUGCCUAAAGAUACGGAUGACGUUAAUAAUAAAACAGAUGUAGAUGAAACGCCACCCGCUGAUGUAGUUGACGCAGUAGAAGCUUGUAAUAAAGAUGUAGUAGCUGAAGGGCACGAUAGAAGCGUACCGAUCGGGAACGACAAUACUGAAACUAACGAUGAUAUUGAACGGACAAAUUCUAGUGAAUCGGUUGACGAUCGGGGGGCGACAGAAGAUAGUCACGGAGAAACAAACGAAACUGAAGGAGAAUCGAAUGAAAGUCAGACAGUAGUUGUGACCGAUGUUGAUGUACAAGGAGAUAGUGAUGUCAGAGAGAAUCGGACAGAGACGAGGGAACGUCAAGCAGAUGGAACGGGCGCUGGUGUGGUAGAGAUAGAGAUAGAGGAUUCAGAAGCAUCGGAGGAGUCGUUAACAUUCGACGAGAACCAUUUCAGUACGCCGGUGGGCGGCAGCCGUGCGGCUACACCACGCCGCUCCCGUCGUGCCACUGCCGCCUCCAUGGACGAUGAUACAGAGGACGAGACAGAUGGUUCUACUGAGAGCACACGAAGCAGCAGCGCGAGUAGUACGCAGAGUCAGAACAUGCCUAACAGUGAUGGCCUACCUCCUGGUUGGACGAUGCAGCGAGCUCCGAAUGGCAGGAUAUUCUUCAUAGAUCACAACCAGAAGACAACCACAUGGAUAGACCCGAGAACAGGUUGCGCGUCGAGUCUUCCCACCGCGGCGAUGACGGCGGGCGCUGAAGCUGACGAAUUGGGUCCGUUGCCUGAAGGAUGGGAGGAACGCGUGCACACAGACGGACGGAUAUUCUUCAUCGACCAUAAUACUCGCACGACUCAGUGGGAGGACCCGCGACUAUCCAACCCGCAGAUAGCAGGCCCAGCUGUGCCCUACUCGCGCGACUACAAGCGCAAGUACGAGUAUCUCAAGAGCCAGUUGCGUAAACCUAGUAAUGUGCCUAAUAAAUUCGAGAUCAAAGUGAGACGCAACUCGAUCUUGGAGGAUUCGUACAGGAUUAUCAGCUCGGUGGUUAGACUCGAUUUGCUCAAAACUAAACUAUGGGUCGAGUUUGAAUCGGAGGUUGGUUUAGACUACGGUGGUCUCGCUCGUGAAUGGUUUUUCCUUCUGUCCAAAGAGAUGUUCAAUCCUUAUUACGGUCUGUUCGAGUAUUCUGCCAUGGAUAACUACACGUUGCAAAUAAACCCCAACAGUGGUGUUUGCAACGAAGAGCAUCUUAAUUAUUUCAAAUUUAUAGGCAGGGUUGCUGGCAUGGCUGUAUACCAUGGGAAGUUGCUAGAUGCAUUUUUCAUCCGUCCAUUUUACAAGAUGAUGCUCGGCAAACAGAUAGAAUUGUUAGAUAUGGAGUCAGUAGAUCUUGAAUAUUAUAAUUCUCUUAUGUGGAUCAAGGAAAAUGACCCUUCGGAGUUGGAUUUAACGUUCUCGGUGGACGAGGAGCAAUUGGUGAUAGAGUGGCGUUUCGUGAGUAGGGUACAGGAGCAAAUGUACGCGUUCCUUGAAGGUUUAGGUGGAUUGGUUCCUUUGCCUUUACUGAAGAUAUUCGACGAGCACGAGCUUGAAUUACUGCUUUGCGGUAUACAGAAUAUAGACGUGAGGGACUGGAGAGCUCAUACGUUGUACAAGGGGGAUUAUCACGCGAAUCAUAUUGUCGUACAGUGGUUUUGGAGGGUGGUGUUAUCAUUCUCGAACGAGAUGCGCUCCCGCUUACUUCAGUUCGUAACGGGUACCUCCCGGGUGCCGAUGAACGGUUUCAAAGAAUUGUACGGCUCGAAUGGACCACAGCUGUUCACUAUAGAGAAAUGGGGGGCACCAGAUAACUACCCUAGAGCACAUACUUGUUUCAAUCGUAUCGAUCUACCGCCAUACGAGAGCUAUCAACAGCUUCGAGAAAAAUUAAUCAAAGCUAUAGAAGGAUCGCAAGGAUUCGCCGGCGUCGACUGAGCGAGCGACACACCACCUUAAAAACAACGUUAUAAGGUUCAAAUUCGAUAACGCUUUAUGUGAAAGUGAGAACACUUAACGAUGUAAGGUACAGACGAUAAGAUACUAAGUGUUUACAGGUGAUUCUGAAAAAUUUCACUUAUGCCAAAGGUUCUAUAGUAAAAACAUUAUUUAUUUAGAUUCUAUGCCUUUUACGUAAGUGAUGUUUUGCUUUAUCGGGUGAAUGUGUUUGAUUUCAAUUCAUAUGGAAAUAUAUUGAUACUUCUAUCGUUAUUCGUUUAUUUUGAAAUUAUUGUAAACCUUGCAUCGUAUUUAAUUACAAUUCUAAAUGUAGAAUUUAUAUUCUAAUGUCAUUGCUUUAAAGUUUAGUUUCGUUAGACAUGUGAGUAUCGAACGAAGAAGAGAUGAUUAAUCAUUCUAAAAUUGUGGAUAUUCGUAUCCGCUUAUUAAACUUGUAACUCGUAAGACUUUGCUAAGUAACUGCCUACUUGAUGUUUUCGGGCAAUAAAUUAAUGGUAUUUUACUGUUGUUAAAUAAACGAUUUUUAUUGUGACAAUCGUUUUCAAUUUUGAUUAUCAGUGAUUUUUUAGCAAUCUUACAUCUCUUAUCAAACAUUUUUUUUUUAAUAUAAUUACGUCUAUAAGUAUAUCCAUAUACUUAUACUUAUUCGCUGGGUAAAAUAAUUUUGAUACACUUGCUCUUCUGAAGCUUAUAUACAAAUGUGUAUCGGCUUCAAAGCGAUAGCUGGAGCUUCGCGGAAGACUUAGCUUGUUUAGAUUUAGAUGCGAGUGCCUAUUUAGUGUAAUACUUGUAUAUAUAAAAUUAUCACAACGAUUCUGUUUCUUGGGACGAGGUACACACGCAGCGGUAUAUUCUG